CCUUACUGCAUUAAUGAGUCCAGUUUUCGAAUCCCCACCUCAAUGUUGUCUGCUGCAGUCAAUCAAAUCAAAAUUCCCCAACUCUACCCGCGAUCUCUUCAGCCAUCGCUCCUUCCUCCCCAAAUCCACAUUCCAACUUUCUCCCCUCCGCCAAAUAAAAAACGGCGGACGAAUCUUCUUCUUCCCUUUGAAAUCCACGGCGAGCAACUGGUAAACCUCAGUCUUCGCCACAAAACUAUCAUUCGGCCCCCUAAUAUUGAUUUGUCGCAUCUAUCGUUGGGCCCUGCUCCUUCCAGCAGUCGCCUCGUCUCCUCUGUAUUCUUGACGACACCGUCACCUCCGUAUGAUCGAGGAGUAUGAUGUGAUCACUCCUGAUCUGUAUGUUUCUAUCUGAACUGGAAGUUGAAGAAUGAGAAUCCAUCUCAUUGAUGUUGCAGCUGGGCUGGAGUUACUCGAUGGAGUUUGCAGAGCUUUUGAAGAACAGAGGCAGAAACGUCCCCUUCCACUCAACUUAAACGAAGGACAAAACGUCGUCAUGGAGUCUGGAAUUUACCGUUGGGUGGAGUUUUAACGAGCCAACAUGAAGAAGACACGUGGCUAGCUUUUACUGUUUUAUUUGUAUUUCCGUUUAACUUCCAUUUCCAUUUUUACUGUUGCUUGUUGGUUACACCUGAAACUCAUAUAUAUAUGAAAAGCUGGAGAUCAGAUCUCCUUGCGGGUUUUGCCCAUUUGAUACCGCCUUCUUCUUCUUUCUUACGAAACCCUAAAGCUCAA